GCGUGGAAGAGACGCUGGUUCGUGCUGCGAAGCGGGCGGCUGAGCGGGGAGCCGGACGUCCUGCAGUACUUCAAGAACCCGCAGUCCCGCCGGCCGAUCAGGACUAUCAACCUGAACCUGUGUGAGCAGGUGGACGCCGGCCUGACGUUCACCAAGAAGGAGCUGGAGAGCAGCUUCGUGUUCGACCUGAGGACGGAGGAGAGGACGUGGUACCUGGUGGCGGAGUCUGAGGAGGACAUGAACCGCUGGGUGUCCUCCAUCUGCCUGCUCUGUGGGUUCAACCCGACUGAUGACGGUGAGGAAAGUGAGGGUCUGUAGAUCCUGAGAGGGACGAGGCUCACAGACAGGCAGAUCGCACCGCUGUU